AUGACGGUGUUGAUGAGAUCUGACUGGAGUGUCUUUUCCGACACAAUGAUGAUGCGCGCUCGGGCCCCCCCGCACGUCCCCGGUGUCACCGCGACGCACCGCGCGCCAUUUCGUCGCGUCUUCGCGCAUCUCUUCCUUCUCCUCGUCGCGUUCGCGCUCGGUCGCGUCUCGAAGCGCGUCUCCAUCGUGUACCUCCCAGACAGCUGGCUUCCCACGACGCUCGGCGAUCCGAGAGUCUACGACCUCGCGAGCGUGACGGAGGCCGCGCCGGGGCCGGGGGAGGGCGGGGAGUUCCGGUUCGAGGACGCGCGAGGGGCGUACGAGCGGCGCGAGUUCCCGUUGGACGACGACGGCGAUCGUCGCGGCGGCGGCGGCGGCGGCGCGUCGAACGCGAACGCGAUGGGAACAACGACGCUCGUGGGCGGGCGGAGGAGGAAGCGAUCGCUUUUCGUCAACCUCGUCUUCACGCGCGCGGGGCACCUGCGAAGCGGCGAUAUUCACGUGUGCGCGCAGUUGAACGUCGUCGUCGCCGGCAGGGCGCGGUUGACGACGAUCCCGGACGCGCGCGCGGGCGAGGAGGUCGUCCGCGAGCUCGCCGCGGGGGACCGUGCGGUGAUACCGCCGCACGUGCCCCAUCUGUACGAAUUCGUAGAAGACACUCUGAUGACGGAAGCGUGGCUCGACGACGACAAGACGCAGUGCAAAUUCAAGGCGUGGCUGUACGAGCCGUUGCGGAAGCGAAUACCGAAGAAGACGUUAGAGCGCGUCGUGGAAGACGCCGGGGGAGGAGGACGCGCGCGAAGCGGGAGGGGAUAGAAAGCGUCGUCGUCGUCGUCGUCGUCGUCGUUAAAACAUUUCAACCACCUUGCGUUGC